AUGUUCCGGGGCGGGCCGUUCCGCAAGUUUAAGGCGUGGGUCGCGUGCGGCAACGGUGACAGUCCCGACGCCGGACGCGUGGAGCUCGCCAUCAGGGAAUCCGCUCCCGACGACUUCGUCGCUCAGCUACAAGCAGCGGCCGAUAGCAGCACGCCCCUUUACGUGUAUGGUGCCAAGAUCAGCCCCUCCAAUAGCAAAGCUUAUAUGAAUAGCGUCUUCCUCAGCGGCUCGCUUGUAGCAGCAGCGAGUGCCCCCGGCAAACGCCCUCCCAAACGAGUGCACACCUUCCAGGCGGCUGUUCAGCGAACUACCGCGGCCACCGUGCCCGCCGACACAACUGAUAUGGUAUUGGCUUGGGAGCAGCGUAGCCGCAGUGCCCUUGUUUUACCGUCGGAUGGUCCACACACCUCGGCCACCCUGUCACCCAACCCCACUUCUGUCACUGUAGUCGGCUCACUACCGGUCCUCCCGCUCGUCCUCACAAUCGGCAGCCGCAGUUAUCCGGUGUGCACCGACAGCAUCGCCGUCAUGCAACAGUUGCCGAACUACGACGAGUUCUUCGGCAGCGCCAGCUUCGCAGACGAUAAUGAUCGUAUGGCGUACGCUGCUUACGACUCGUUCACCGUCACCGGUACCAUCACCACCAAGACAGAAGGUCGAACAACGUUCAUCACGGCUCUGCAGGAAUGA